CGCCCGCGCCGAUUCUGCGCAUAGGCAGCCCCCGAGCCUGUCAUCCUGCAAAAACACAGUUUACUCAACACGCCGCACACACGCGCACCCCCGCGCGCACCCGCGCCGCCCGGGCCCCGCGCGCGCCGCCGCCGCGAGCCAAGUUCCGCAGCCUGGCAUGGCUUCGGGGGACCUUUACGAGGUUGAAAAGAUUGUGGACAAGAGGAAGAGCAAGCGAGGGAAAUGGGAGUACCUUAUCCGCUGGAAGGGCUACGGCUGCGCCGAGGACACGUGGGAGCCCGAGCACCACCUCCUGCACUGUGAGGAGUUCAUCGACGAGUUCAACGGGCUGCACCUGGCCAAGGACAAGCGGGCCCGGGUGGGCAAGCAGGCCUCCAAGCCCCCGCGCGACGGCCGGGGCCCCUCGGCCGAGAAGCUGCCCCCCCGCGCUCCCGAGCCCUCCAGGAGCAGGGGCACCUCGCACAAGCGCAAGCGGGUCGGCCCGUCGGCCCUGCCCAGGGGUACCCGCAAGGGCUACUCGGCCAAGGCGCCCGCGGGCGGUGACCGGGCCGCCAAGACCGUGUCCUACAGGACUACGCCCAGCGGGCUGCAGAUCAUGCCACUCCGCAAGGCGCAGGACGGGCUGGAGAACGGGGACGCGCGCUCCGAGCAGGGGGAGCCGCACUUCGGGAACGGGCCCGCCCCGCCGGGCCUGGGCCUGGGCGAGCAGGUGGGCGAGCCGGAGCUGGUGGAGUGCGAGGGGAAUCCCGAGGCGCCGGCGGAGAACGGGCUCGAAGGCUCCGCGCUCACCAACGGCGGGCUGAGCCUGCAGGGCGCCGUGAAGAGGAAGCUGGACGCGGAGAAGGACUACGUCUUCGACAAGAGGCUGCGGUACAGCGUCCGCCAGAACGAGAGCAACUGCCGCUUCCGGGACAUCGUGGUGCGGAAGGAGGAAGGCUUCACACACAUCCUGCUGUCCAGCCAGACCUCGGACAACAACGCGCUGACCCCCGAGAUCAUGAAGGAGGUCCGGCGUGCGCUCUGCAACGCGGCCUCAGAUGACAGCAAGUUGCUGCUUCUCAGCGCCGUGGGCAGCGUCUUCUGCAGCGGCCUCGACUACUCCUAUCUCAUCGGCCGCCUGUCCAGCGACCGGCGGAAGGAGAGCACACGCAUCGCUGAGGCCAUCAGGGACUUCGUGAAGGCCUUCAUCCAGUUCAAGAAGCCCAUCGUGGUGGCCAUCAACGGGCCCGCCCUGGGCCUGGGCGCCUCCAUCCUGCCGCUCUGUGACAUCGUGUGGGCCAGCGAGAAGGCCUGGUUCCAGACACCCUACGCCACCAUCCGCCUCACGCCCGCUGGCUGCUCUUCCUACACCUUCCCGCAGAUCCUGGGCGUGGCCCUGGCCAACGAGAUGCUGUUCUGCGGACGGAAGCUGACGGCACAGGAAGCGUGCAGCCGGGGGCUGGUGUCGCAGGUGUUCUGGCCCACCACCUUCAGCCAGGAGGUCAUGCUGCGGGUGAAGGAGAUGGCUUCCUGCAGCGCCGUGGUCUUAGAGGAGUCCAAGUGCUUGGUCCGGAGCUUCCUGAAGUCGGUGCUGGAAGACGUGAACGAGAAGGAGUGCCUGAUGCUCAGGCAGCUGUGGAGCUCACCCAAGGGCCUGGACUCCCUCUUCAGCUACCUGCAGGACAGGAUCUACGAGGUGUGACGGCGGGCGGCCCCGUGGCCCCGACACCCCGG